UACAUAGUUCUUGUUCGGCAGCCGAGCAGUGAAGACCUACUUCUCGAUGCUUCACGGCACCACCCUCACGAAUUUUACAGUGGCAAAAGUGUCCCUCGCCGGAUAGGGUUCCGGUAACAAAAAAAAAAGAAAGGAAAUUAAAACAAAUGCUGAAAAGACUGUGAAAAGUGGAGUGUGUGAUAAGACGGUGUUUGCAUUGGGACGGGUUGGUGCGUUAGACUGUUAACAGUUGGAAGAGUGGAAGAAGAAAGAGCAAUGCAAAAGAAAUUAAAAAAAAGAAGGUUCUCCAUAGAAAAUAGUUCGCAAACGUUCGCAUCCCAAGUGCCAAACUGUUAGCCCUCGUCGAAGGUGUGAACUGCAGUGAAGUGUGUCAUUGUGGAUUCCUCCCAAGUGAACAUUUUGUUUCUCGACGAGAUCAUCCGAAUCGCAAUCUAAAAUACACUGCUUUUUUCCACAUUUCGUGUUCUUGAAUCCGGAAACACGCGCGCUGGGUUGCGCAAGAGAAAUAGAUUAAUGCAUACGCCGAUUUUAUCACACGCUUCGUGCAGACUGGUACCGGCAUAGUUUCCAAGAGAGAGAGAAAGAGAGAUUAAUUCAAUAAUUAUCUAGCACACACGCAUAUACACUGUCUGGACAGAGUCACUUGGCGCCACCGGUCAAGUGUCCGACAGUUUAAGCACCGAACCAAACUAAGCCUCCCUCCGGGCGGCAUUAGACUGCACUACAUUUCACCAUCCUGUCAGCGCGACCAAGGAAAACGCGCAAAAAUCAAUAAUCAACCCUCCCGCUUGAUAGGCACAGUGGUGUGGGCGACGUGUGUGUAUGUUUGUGUGUAGUAUCUUUUCUAUCCUCAACUUUUCACAGUUAAAUAAAAAAAACAGUAACGUUGCGAAAUUAAUAGUUCCGUGCUGGAGAAAGAGAGAGAGAGAGAGAGAGUGGCUGAAUUUUGGCGGGCAUGUUUGCAGGAAUUAGUGCGCAACGAAACAAGAGCAAGUGAAAACGAACACACCCUUGACCAAAACGGGCAAUCAGAGGGCUCUGCUGCAUCCUUCGCUGGAAUGUCAUCAUCGUCAGCCGAAAGGACACCCGUUGCCAAAGGAAACGAAGGGACCGCCGCCAGCGCACCCGCGUCGAUGGAUCCAAGCGUGCCGAAGAAAAUUGUCAGCGCUAUACCGAAGCAAAGACAGCAAUUGCUCAAAUGGAAUGGCUGGGGUUACAAGGAUUCGCGCUUUCUCUACCAGGAUGGAACGAUCAUAUUCACUGGCGAUAGGUAUCCCAUUGGUGGAAAGGUGUCGUUGCCACACUUUCGCGACUACGUGAUCGAGAACUUCAACGUGGAUCUGUCCGAUCGGCGCGAAGGUGUCCCGGUGCCGAACGAGUAUCCCGCCCCAGUGCCCUGUCCCGAGUUUCUGGCCGACAUACGAGGCCACGGUAUCGACUGCACGCAGAACGGCGAAGAUCGGUUGAUCCGGUGCCAUGGACAAACGCUACACGACGUGCACAUGAUGCGCACCGGUACGUUCAAGCGCAUUCCGGACGUGGUCCUGUUUCCCACCUCCCACGAGCAGGUGGAGCAGAUCGUGCAGUCUGCCAACAAGCGCAACGUGGUGCUGAUACCGUACGGUGGCGGUACGUCAGUGUCCGGCUCGGUCACCUGUCCGGAGGGUGAAACGCGCCCGAUAGCGGCCCUCGACACGUCGCAGAUGAAUCGGAUGCUGUGGAUCGAUCGCCAGAAUCUGGUCGCCUGCUUCGAGGCGGGAAUCGUCGGCCAGGACCUGGAGCGUGAGUUGCGCCAGCUUGGGUUCACCGUCGGGCACGAGCCCGACAGCUACGAGUUUUCCACGCUUGGCGGCUGGGUGGCCACGCGUGCUUCCGGCAUGAAGAAGAACGUGUACGGCAACAUCGAGGAUCUGCUGGUGCGCGUCAAGAUGGUGACCAGCAAGGGUGUGCUGGAGCGAAGUUUGGCGGUGCCGCGGGUAUCCUGUGGGCCCGACUUUAACCAUCUCGUGCUCGGCUCGGAAGGUACGCUCGGUGUGAUCACGGAAGUGGUCAUCAAGAUACGGCCCCUGCCCCAGGUCAAGCGGUACGGUUCGCUUGUCUUUCCCGACUUCGGGUCCGGCAUCCGGUGUUUGCGCGAGGUGGCCCGCGAGCGGCUGCAGCCGGCCAGCAUACGGCUCAUCGACAACGAGCAGUUCGUGUUUGGCCAGGCGCUCAAAAUACCGGGCGGCCCGCUGGCGACGGUGGGCGAGAAGCUGAAAAAGGUGUACCUAACGCGGUGGAAGCGGUUGCAGCUCGAUCGUAUCGCGAUCGCGACACUGCUGUUCGAAGGGCACGACGCGCAGGUGAAGCAGCACGAGGCAAAGAUUUUCGCAAUCGCCAAACGGUACGGUGGGUUCUCGGCCGGCAGCAGCAACGGCGAGAAGGGUUACAUUCUUACCUUCGUCAUCGCGUACAUCAGGGACCUGGCCCUGGAUUACAGCAUUGUGGCGGAAUCGUUCGAAACCUCCGUAUCGUGGGAUCGCUGCGAAGCUCUCUGUACCAACGUCAAAAGCUGCGUUCGCAAGGAAUGUGCCAAACAUAACAUCCAACACUACCUCAUCUCCUGCCGGGUAACGCAAACGUACGAUGCUGGCGCGUGCGUGUACUUUUACUUCGGCUUUAACCAUGCCGGCUUCUCGAACCCCGUCACCAUUUACGAGGAAAUCGAAAACAAGGCGCGCGAUGAAAUCCUCGCCUCCGGUGGUUCCAUCUCGCACCAUCACGGUGUGGGCAAGAUACGAUCGCGCUGGUACCCGCAGAGCGUCUCCGAUGUCGGUGUGCAGCUGUACAAGGCAACCAAGCGGGAGCUGGAUCCAAACAACAUCUUUGCCGCUGGCAAUCUCAUCCCGGCCCAGCUGCAGGACACCAACGAACCCACCAGUCUGAAAGCAAAGCUGUAAAGGCACACACAUGACGCGCCCCGUUCAAUGAUCCCGUCUAGCAAGCAUGGCAAUAAUGGCAAAACAAAACAAACAAAAAACUCAACAAAACCCAUACAACUAGUAAACUGCUCCACCGCUUCACAGCGGCGGAAGUGAUGCAACGGUCGGGCUGCAUAUGAUGCACGAUCAGUCGUGAUUACUUUCGUCCCAUCACCGGAAGCAAUGUGUUCGUCGUUUUCGUUACAGCAGAAAAAACAAGGUCACAGUAAAAAAGCGAGACACACAGAGAGAGAGAGAGAGAGAGAGAGAGAGAGAGAGAGAAAAGGAGAGAGAGCAAUAUUCUUCAUUGUGUGUCGGCUUACAUCGCAAUAGAGGGAACGAUUUUUAUCUUCGCCGGCUUCAACGUAGCAGAAACAAGUUAACAUACACAUUCCAUGCCCUCCCGUAGUAGCUUGUAGCUGAACGUAAUGUAUUAUUUAGGUGUUUUUGGGUUUGCUCAGUGACAUUUUAUGGUUAUUUGUUUUGCGCUCCUUUGAUAAGCUGCCAGCAGUCAAUUUUAUGGGGCAACAAAAGGUAGAUGAUAACGAAUUGAAUUGUGUGAUUAAUUUUGUUAGCGCAAUUUUACAUCCAUUACACAUCCCCGGUGCGCUUUUUGCUAAGACCGUCAAUUUUAGUUGCGAAUUGAAAAAAAAUAAUACAAAUAUCUUUACUUUUGAUUCCA